AUGUUAUUCAGGGAGGUCUCGCUCGACAUCGAGUCGAUAGAGACAAUCCAUGAACUAGACUCAGACCACAUGCCCGUCCUGUGUAAACUGGGCCAGAACGCCGGCGCGGUCUCUCCGACCAAAUCCGUAGUGGACUGGCAUCGUCUUGAGGUCAAACUCAAGGCCUUGGACCCCCAGGACUUAGUAGACUUACCCGAGACGAUAGCUACGUUCGAUGACGCAAAUCGAGCAAUAGUGAGUCUCCGCGAAACUAUUACUUCCGCAGUCACAGACUCGGAACGGACGGUGAAACUGUCGGGCGACCGACGGUUUAACUUUCCGCCCGACCUACGACAGGUAAUUAGACAGAAAAAUGCAGCCAAACGCGCCUUCGACCGAUACCGAUCGGAAUCGAACCGAACCCUACUUCGACGCCUUCAGCUAGAAGUCAAAGAUCGUAUAUCGGAACACCGACAUACAACGUGGGACAAUCUCCUAGAGGACAUCGAGCCAUCGCACACCGCCUACUGGCGGUUGGCCCGCAGUCUGAAAGCAGACCCCCGCGAAUCUCUACCGCCGUUAGUUAGACCUAAUAGCGCUUCAGUAGCCCUAGAUGACUCCGAAAAAGCCGAAUGCCUUGCGGACAACCUAGAGCAGCAAUGUACGCCAUCGCGCGAACACACCGAUACAGUCCACCUAACGGAGGUGGACCGCGUAAUCGAGACUAGGGCUGCGCUUCCACCGGAAGGCGAACCUUUAAAUUCAGUGACCCCCGAAGAGGUCCAAGAUAUUAUUAAAAAUCUAAAACCGAAAUCCGCCCCGGGCCCAGAUAAUAUCAGUAACAAAAUUCUUAAAGCUCUCCCUGGGCCGCUUAUCUGUUUACUGGCGACCAUUUACAAUACUUUACUCUCCAGUUGCUCCUUUCCCGACGACUGGAAAGAAGCCACGGUUAUCGGCAUUCGCAAGCCGAAUAAACCAGCCAACCAGCCCUCUAGUUAUCGUCCCAUCAGCCUCCUCAGUUGCCUGGGGAAGCUCUACGAGCGGCUUUUAUUAAAUAGGCUCAAUGAACACGUGUUUACCAACGGCCUUCUGCCGGCGGAACAAUUCGGCUUUCGAGCUAGACAUUCCUGUCCCGAUCAACUAUUCCGCCUAACGGAACAUAUCCUAAAAGGCCUAAAUCACCCUAAACAUAUUAGUACAGGGGCUCUUUUCUUCGAUAUCGCAAAAGCAUUCGACAAGGUCUGGCACAACGGCUUGCUUUAUAAGCUGUACACACGCAAGUGCCAGAUAGGCUCGUACACACCAUCCGGGCCUUCCUGUCAAACCGCUCUUUUCGAUAUCGAGUUGAAGGCACCCUCUCCACAAGCCGCCGCCUCACGACCGGCGUACCACAAGGCUCCUGCCUCUCACCUUUGCUCUUUACGCUCUACACGAGCGAUAUACCUAAAGACCCCCACGUCAAUCUCGCGCUUUUCGCGGAUGACACGGCGCUCUUUUAUUCAGACCGCAACCUUAGACUAC